UGACUAUGUCAAUAACAAUUUACAGAAAGUAGCCAAUUUGUGCAAUAGAUGGGAACUGUUUAAUGAAUAUACUAGCACGCUUGUGUGUAAAUAAUGAAUGUCUGAUUGCUUUGUCAUAAAACAAAAGGUUUAAAACUCUGCCUUGCCGACUCAUACCGGAGCUUCCAAUACUUGGUUUGUUCUUUGUUGGUUUUUCCUUCUAAAGAUAACAAAGUAAAUGCUUUAUAUAAAUAGCAAAGAAUAAAAACAAGUUUUGACAUUAAAGUUUAAAAUGGAGUGCCAGAUUUAGUGUCUUUAAUCAAGAUCCCACUGAAAAUGGUAGAAGGAGUCAAACCAGAGACGCUGGCAAUGUUUAAAAAUGCAUUCAGCCUAUUCGACAGGGACGGGGAGGGUAUCGUGUUGACGAGGGAGCUAGGCCCCAUAAUGCGAUCUAUGGGAUACAGUCCGACGGAAGAAGAGUUAGCAGACAUGAUUAACGAGGUGGACUCUGAAGGAGAGGGGAUCAUUGACUAUGAAACAUUCCAAUUGUUAAUGUCUAAGUAUGUGAAAACCAUGGACACUGUAGACGAAUUAAUGGAAGCAUUUUUAGUUUAUGAUCGGGACAGGAAAGGUUAUGUGUCACCUGAUGACCUCAGACAGGUACUACAACAAGUGGGGGAUAAACUUAGUACAGAGGAAAUGGAAGAAAUAAUAAAGUCGGCAGAACAUACAGAAGGUCAAAUACACUAUGAAGAAGCACACAUAUGCAUUGCUAGCGAGCUAUCAGAAGAGCAGAUUAAGGAAUUUCGAGUGGCUUUCAGUCUCUUCGACAAGGACAAUGACGGCAGUAUUAAUACAAAAGAGCUUGGAAUAGUAAUGAGGUCACUGGGUCAGAAUCCGUCAGUCACAGAGCUCAGAGCAAUGGUGGAUGAAGUAGAUCUGGACGGUAACGGAGUGAUAGAUUUUGAAGAAUUUCUCGAAAUGAUCGUCAAGGAAAUGAAGAAAACUGACACCGAGGAAGAAAUGAGAGAGGCCUUUAGUAUUUUUGACCGCAGUGGAAACGGUUACAUCAACGCACAGGAGUUAAAGUAUGGGAUGUUCUACAUGGGGGAGAGACUGACGGAUGAGGAAGUAGACGAAAUGAUGAAGGAAGCUGACAGGGACGGAGAUGGUAGAAUAACGUUUGAAGAGUUCAGAGCUGUGUUUGAUUUAUUUGAUGGAUCUCAGAAUGAGGUUAUUAGUAUAAAAAACUUGGAGCACGUUUUGAAGACAAUUGGAAAGCAACCGUCUUCCAGGGAACUCAAAGAUAUGAUUCGAGUGGUGGAUCCUACAGGUAAAGGCGAGAUCUCAUUUGAGGACUUUAUUAAGGUCAUGUCCAAACAGAUUAGAAACAGCGAUAAAGAAGCAGAGCUGAUGGAAGCUUUCAGAGCUUUUGAUACAAAUAGGAGUGGCUACAUCAGUGCUGGUGAACUCAGAACUGUCAUGACAAAUAUGGGAGAAAAAAUGACAGAAGAACAAAUUGAUGGAAUGAUCAGCGAGAUUGACAGUAAUAGAGAUGGCAAAAUUAACUUUGACGGUGAGUGA